GAUUAUUGCUCCGCUAGUUUAUUGAUCGGACGGAUUUUUUUUUUCUUUCGUUCAGGAUUCUGUUUGCACUUUUUUUCUUCUUAAUUAAUUAAUGGAAGCGGCAUCUGAAAAUUGGAGAUGAGAAAGAGGCAACAAUGGGGAAAAUCAUGGGUGGUUUUGUAUUGCCCCUGUUACUUUUGACAGCUGGAUUACUGAAUUGGAGUUUGAUUUCUCUUAUUCAUUUGGUGACGUCUCUUCUUUUCCGGUUUACUUCCCCUAAAACAGCAGGACUGCGAUACAGAGGGAGAGUCUUCACUUUGUGGUUUAUUUUCAUUUACUCGGCUCUUGUGAUUAUUUUACAAGUGGGCUUUCUUAUACUAUGCGCAAUUCUGGGUUCAGAAUGGAGCAUUGCAGAUGCCUGGUGGAUAAAGCUGUUUGGACUUAUGAAUGUCCAGUCCUGGAAAUCUCCCACGGUAAUCUACUUCCUCGUCGUAGAAUUAUUGGUGGGGCUUGUUGCUUUCUUUGAGAUCAAUAGGAACAGAUUUGGCUUCGUGGAAUCUCGAGAUUCAUGCUGGUGCUAUUUGUCAUCUGUGUUUGAACACAUAGGUUAUCGCCUUAGGUUGGUUUCCUGCUUAUUGCUGCCAGCAGUGCAGUUGGUUUCGGGGAUCAGCAAUCCUUCUUGGCUUUCUUUACCGUUUUUCAUUUGCAGCUGUGUCGGUCUUGUUGAUUGGUCUUUAACAAGCAACUUCUUAGGCCUCUUCAGGUGGUGGAAGAUACUGUGGGUAUAUGCUGGCUUUAGCAUUUGCAUACUUUAUGUGUAUCAGCUUCCUAUUGGGUUUCCACAGUCUCUUCAGACGUUUGCUGAUGUCAUUGGUCUGUACAAAGCAUCGGUGGAUUCUGAUUGGCAAGAAAUUUGUUCUGGUAUUUCUCUCACGGUGUUCUACUAUAUGCUCUCUUGUGUAAAACAUGACCUAGAAGACAUGGAAUUUAUGAUGUCCAUGCGAGAAGGCAGCUUGACUGAACAGUUUCUUCCCUCAAAAAAUUCCUUUUUUGUUCGUCAGCUGAGGUCUGGUGUAAGGCAUACCAACAUUUUAUUGAGGGGAACGGUUUUCAGGGUUUUUAGUAUCAACUGGUUCACUUAUGGAUUCCCGGUGUCCUUGUUUGCUCUUUCAUACUGGAGCUUUCAUUUCGCAAGUAUAUGUGCAUUUGGGUUACUUGCUUAUGUUGGGUAUGUUUUGUAUGCUUUUCCAUCCUUGUUCCGGCUGCACCGUUUGAACGGGUUGCUUCUUGUGUUCAUUCUCUUGUGGGCUGUGAGCACAUAUGUAUUCAAUGUAGCCUUCGCAUACGUGAACUGGAAACUCGGGAAGGAUAUGGAGAUCUGGGAGAUGGUUGGAUUAUGGCAUUAUCCUAUCCCUGGUUUCUUCCUUCUUGCACAGUUCUGUCUUGGAAUUCUCGUAGCUCUUGGUAAUCUUGUAAAUAACUCGGUUUUUCUGUGCCUAUCAAAUGAGGAGAGGCAAGUCUCUAAUGAGAACAAGACUGAGGAAGUGAAGGAAGAUGCCAAGGUUUUAAUCGUUGCUACAAUUGCUUGGGGACUGCGCAAAAGUUCUCGGCCUAUUAUGCUGUUGCUGAUUUUCCUAAUUGCUACAAAACCUGGUUUAGCUCAUGCUGUUUAUAUGGUAUUCUUCUUUGCUUACCUUUUGAGCCACAACAUCGAUACAAGGAUGCGACAAUCCCUUAUUCUUCUGUGCGAGGCUCAUUUUGCGGUUCUGUACAUUCUUCAGCUUAGUCUUGUCUCCAGAAAAUUGGAGCAGAAAGGCUCUAUAAGUAUGGAAGUGCUAUCACAGUUAGGCCUCCUUGAAAGUGAUAGCUCAUGGGACUUCCUCGAAAUAGCUCUGCUCGCGUGCUUUUGUACCAUUCAUAAUCAUGGAUUUGAAAUGUUGUUCUCAUUUUCUGCAAUUGUUCAGCACACACCUUUUCCUCCAGUUGGAUUUAGCAUCCUUAAAGCUGGUCUGAACAAAUCAGUUCUUUUGUCUGUUUAUGCCACCUCCAACACCAGAGAUUAUAGUGUGAAUCAUUCUCAUGAAAGAAGGGUAGCAUUGUAUCUGAGUGCAGUCGGGGAGAAGUUCUUAUCCAUAUACAGAUCAUUUGGAACCUACAUUGCCUUUCUCACCAUUCUUCUUGCUGUAUACCUUGUGAGACCUAAUUUCAUAGCAUUCGGUUACAUUUUCCUUCUCCUUGUCUGGAUAAUCGGAAGACAGCUCGUUGAGAAAACAAAACGGCGUCUAUGGUUCCCACUCAAAGCAUACGCAAUCAUGGUUUUCGUUUUCAUUUACAUCUUAAGUGUAUUUCCUACUUUCGAAAUGUGGAUGUCCCAAAAAGUUAAUCUUUAUGUAUGCUUCGGCUAUAACAGUGACGCUUCUCUGUUACAAAAUCUCUGGGAGUCUCUAGCAAUUGUGAUUGUCAUGCAACUUUACAGUUACGAGAGAAGACAAAGCAAAAACAUGAAAUUGGAAGAUACCGAGCCAUUGCAAUUGGGGAUAUUGGGAUUUGCAAAAAGGUUUUUGAUCUGGCACAGUCAAAAGAUUUUGUUCGCCGCGCUUUUCUAUGCUUCAAUAUCUCCUAUAAGUGCAUUCGGGUUUCUGUACCUUCUUGGUCUUGUUUUGUCUUCUGCUUUGCCUAAAGCGUCCAGAAUUCCAUCCAAGUCAUUCUUAAUUUACACGGGAUUUUUGGUGACAACUGAAUAUCUAUUUCAGAUGUGGGGUAAACAGGCUCAAAUGUUUCCAGGACAGAAGCACCACGAUUUGUCGAUUUUCCUUGGUUUACAGGUGUAUAAACGGAGUUUCGAGGGUGUAGAAGCGGGAUUGAGAGCAAAAGUGCUUGUGAUUGCUGCGUGUACACUUCAGUAUAACGUUUUUCACUGGUUGGAAAAAAUGCCUGCUUCUCUUUUGAAUGCAGGGAAAUCGGAAGAGCCUUGUCCUCUAUUUAUUUCAGAGGAAGAUGUUUCUACUGCUUCAACUUCUAAUGGAGAUCGUGAAGUAUCCUCGCAAAAGACAAGAAGCAAUUCAUGGCCGUUUUUGACACCCGAUAAUUACCGGUCAACUGAGGUUUCUUCUUCUUCUUCCAAUACUAGUAGAAAAUACUCGUUCAGUUAUAUAUGGGGGAGCAUGAAGGAAAGUCACAAGUGGAAUAAAAAGAGGAUUAUUGCCUUGAGGCAGGAGAGGUUUGAAAUGCAGAAAACAAUGCUUAAAGUUUAUUUGAAGUUUUGGAUGGAAAACAUGUUCAAUCUCUUUGGCCUCGAGAUAAAUAUGAUAGCGCUGCUACUUGCCAGUUUCGCUUUGUUGAAUGCUAUUUCUAUGUUCUACAUUGCAUGCCUUGCUACUUGUGUUCUGUUGGGUCGAACUAUUAUACGUAAACUGUGGCCGGUAUUUGUCGUUGUUUUUGCUGCUAUACUUCUCGUUGAAUAUUUGGCAAUGUGGAAGAGCGUUAUGCCUACGACUGAGACUAGUGCACAUUGCCAUGACUGCUGGAAAAACUCGAUCGUGUAUUUUCACUAUUGUGAAAAGUGUUGGUUAGGAAUUGUAGUUGAUGAUCCUCGUGUGCUGAUCAGUUACUACGUGGUCUUCAUGCUGGCGUGUUUUAAACUCCGUGCAGAUCAUGCAUCUAAUUUUUCAGGGUCGUUCACAUAUCACCAGAUGAUUUCUCAGCGUAAAAAUGCUUUUGUUUGGCGAGAUCUCACUUUCGAAACUAAAAGCAUGUGGACUUUUCUCGACUAUUUGAGGGUAUACUGCUAUUGCCAUCUAUUAGAUUUAGUACUCGCUCUCAUUUUAAUAACCGGAACCCUCGAGUAUGACAUUCUGCACCUUGGAUACCUUGGCUUCGCUCUUAUUUUCUUCCGUAUGAGGCUCACCAUAUUGAAGAAGAAAAACAAGAUCUUCAAGUAUUUGCGUAUAUACAACUUUGCUGUGAUUGUUCUCUCUCUGGCCUACCAGUCGCCUUUUGUUGGCGAUUUCAAUGCUGGGAAAUGUGAAACAGUGGAUUAUAUUUACGAGGUGAUCGGCUUUUAUAAAUACGACUACGGAUUUCGGAUUACCUCAAGAUCUGCUUUGGUGGAAAUCAUCAUCUUUGUUUUGGUAUCGUGUCAGUCGUACAUGUUUGCUUCAUCAGAGUUCGAUUACGUAUUUCGAUAUCUCGAGGCGGAGCAAAUCGGUGCAAUCGUACGCGAGCAAGAGAAGAAAGCUACAUGGAAAACCGAACAGCUACAGCACAUUCGCGAAUCCGAGGAGAAAAAACGGCAGCGUAACUCACAAGUGGAGAAAAUGAAAUCUGAAAUGCUCAACCUACAAAGCCAGCUCCACGGUAUGAAUUCAUCUACUGCUUGUGGUGGUGAUGCUUCUUCACCUGCUAGUGGAGGUUUGAGAAGAAGGAAAAACGCUUCGAUCGAUUUUCAAGAAAUUGAAAACCUUGAGAAAGAAGAAGGUUAUGUCAGUUUUGAUUCAGGUUUUCCGUAUAAUGUGUACGAAUCUCCACGUAGCUUAAGACCGGAGACCCCAUUUGCAGUUGACUUUACAAAGCAACAAAUUGAUGCUUCUGUUAGUGAGAUUACGGAACUUGGAGAGGAUGCGAACGAUAAUGAUCCGGACAAAGAAAAGAAAGGUAAAAGCCCGUUGAAGGAAAACCAUUUAGCUUCUGCUGUGCAAUUGAUAGGCGAUGGUGUUUCUCAAGUACAGUCGAUUGGAAAUCGGGCAGUUAGCAAUCUCGUUAGCUUUCUGAAUAUUACACCCGAAGAUUCGGAUUCGAACGAGCCGCCAUCUUUCGAAGAUGGGCUUUCGUUUCCGAAAAAAACGCCGGAGAUUAAACAAGCACACUUUAGUAGUUCGUCUUCUCUGCUGUCUGAUAAGAGUAGAACAUCUGAGUCUGCAAGUCUACAGAUUGGAAGAAUAGUCUGUCAUAUAUGGUCACAGAUGCGAUCGAAUAAUGAUGUUGUGUGCUAUUGCUGUUUUAUUCUUGUCUAUCUUUGGAAUUUUAGUUUGCUUUCUAUGGUGUACUUGGCGGCUCUGUUUCUAUUUGCUCUCUGCGUGAAUACCGGGCCAAAUUACAUCUUCUGGGUUAUUAUGCUGAUCUAUACCGAAAUUUAUAUAUUGGUUCAGUAUUUCUACCAAAUAAUGAUACAGCAUUGCGGUUUCACCAUUCAGUUAGAUCUUCUACGUGAGUUGGGGUUCCCCAUGAAAAAGAUAAAAUCAUCGUUUGUUAUCAGUUUGUUACCUCUGUUUCUGGUGUAUUUAUUCACUCUGAUACAGAGCUCUAUUACUGCAAAAGACGGCGAAUGGUUUUCAGUGGGAUUUAGUAAUUGCAAAGGGGGAUUCACAAGUCGAAAGGAGGAUCACCCCAGCUCUAGCUGGAGAGAGAAGGCGAAGAAGAUUUUCCGAUUAAUUUUACAAAUGGUCGAAAUGGUGCUUAGUAGCUGCUCUAGGUACUGGAAAUCACUGACACAAGAAGCGGAAUCUCCUCCGUAUUUUGUUCAAUUGUCGAUGGAUGUGAAAGAAUGGCCAGAGGAUGGCAUUCAACCGGAAAGAAUCGAAUCUGGUAUGAAUCAGUUAUUACAGCUCGUUCAUGAUGAAAACUGCAAGAACGGGAUUUCUCUCCGCUGUCCUUGUACUAGCAAGGUUCAAAUUCGAAGCAUCGAAAAAAGUACAGAAAACACGAAUGUGGCUUUGUCUGUUUUUGAGGUUGUUUAUGUCUCAUCUGUGACAGACUGUACACCUGCAGAACAGUUCAAGUCUCUUACUCCGGCAGCUGAUAUAGUGAAAGAGAUCCUUAAAGCACAACGAAUGGGACUUGCUAAAGAAGUUGGAUUUCCUUACCCUAUACUCACUGUAAUUGGAGGUGGCAGAAGAGAGAUUGAUCUUUAUGCAUACAUAUUCGGUGCUGAUUUGACUGUUUUUUUUCUGGUCGGCGUAUUUUACCAAUCUGUUAUUAAAAAUAAAAGUGAAUUUCUGGAGUAUUAUCAGCUCGAGGAUCAAUUCCCCAAAGAGUUUGUGUUUAUUCUAAUGAUAAUUUUCUUCCUGAUUGUUGUGGAUCGAAUCAUAUAUCUAUGUUCAUUUGCAACGGGGAAGGUCAUAUUUUAUCUUUUCAACCUCAUUCUUUUUACUUAUGCUGUGACCGAGUACGCAUGGAAUAUGGACACGUCACAGCAGAACACUGCUGGUUUGGCACUUCGAGCAAUAUAUCUUACGAAAGCAGUUUCUUUGGCAUUACAAGCCAUGCAAAUUCGAUAUGGUGUUCCUCAUCAAAGCACAUUGUAUCGGCAGUUUCUGACCAGUGAAGUUUCUCGUGUUAACUAUCUUGGAUACAGGCUCUAUCGUGCUUUGCCUUUUCUUUAUGAGUUGCGAUGCGUCCUUGAUUGGUCAUGCACUACGACAUCUUUGACAAUGUAUGACUGGCUGAAGUUGGAGGACAUAAAUGCAAGCUUGUACCUAGUGAAAUGUGAUAGUGUUCUGAACAGAUCUACACAUAAACAAGGAGACAAGCAGACAAAGAUGACAAAGUUUUGCAAUGGCAUUUGUCUCUUCUUUAUUCUAAUCUGCGUUAUUUGGGCUCCCAUGCUGAUGUACAGUAGCGGUAAUCCAACAAACAUAGCAAAUCCAAUCAACGAUGCCAGCUUUCAAUUCGACAUCAAGACAACUGGUGGCAGAUUAACCUUGUACCAAACAACUCUCUGUGAAAAACUUGCAUACGAUCAUGUCAAUGCAAAUGCCGAUCUUGACCCCCACCAUUAUUUAGAUUCGUAUAAUGUCAACGACAUUCAGCUCAUUUGUUGCCAACCUGAUGCAAGUACUCUUUGGCUUGUUCCCGAUGUGGUUCAGAAGCAGUUUAUACGUUCUCUUAACGAUGAUAACAUGGAUAUAAUCUUUUCUUGGGUACUUACAAGAGACAGACCAAAAGGCAAAGAAACUGUGAAAUAUGAAAGACCUGUUGACUCAUCAAAUCUUCCGAAAGCGUCGGAAGUUGAGGGGGUUCUCAACGGUUCCUUCAGCAGCUUUAGGAUUUUUAAUAUUUAUCCAAGAUUUUUCCGCGUUACUGGUUCUGGUGAAAUUAGACCUUUUGAGCAGGAGGUGAAUGAUGUCAGCGCUGAUGUCGUCUUGCAUCAUGGGAAUUCCGAAUGGUGGUCCUUUCAUGAUAUCAAUGCUUCGGAUGCAUACGGCUGUGGAGGAUUGUCAGGGCCAAUGGCUGUCAUUGUGUCCGAGGAAACCCCACAGGGAUUUCUUGGUGAGACCCUGAGCAAGUUCAGCAUUUGGGGUCUGUACAUCACAUUUGUCCUUGCAGUUGGUCGGUUUAUCAGAAUGCAGUGUGCCGACUUACGGAUGAGAAUACCCUACGAAAAUCUUCCUUCAUGUGACAGGUUGAUUGCCAUAUGUGAGGAUAUAUACGCUGCACGAGCAGAAGGUGAACUUGGAGUGGAAGAAGUCCUAUAUUGGACCCUUGUCAAGAUUUACAGAUCGCCACAUAUGUUGCUCGAAUACACCAAGCCUGACUAGUUUCCGCAUAUUUUCAUUGGAGGAUCGACUAACUCUCAUUACAAGAUGCUAGCUAACCAAGAGUUCAGAAUUUCCACUUCUCCUUCUCAACUUGUUUUUAUUUUAUUUUAUUUUAUUUAUAAAUAUAUCUAGGUUGGGAAGUGAGUUCAAAUACAGGUGUUUAUUUAUAUGCUUCUCUCCUAUUCUUUAACUACAGCUUUGAGUAAAGGGGGUUUUGUGUAUAUAUAUAUAAUACAACUGUUUAGAAGAAAAAGCCACAUAUCAUUCUUUCCCUUGUAUGAUUGUAUAUGUACUAAUAUGAGAAUGAAGAAGAAAUCCAGUUUCUUUUUAUUAUUAGUUUUCUUUUA